GUUCUUUUGUAGACACUUUUUUGGUGUUUUUAAAAUGUUCUGCAAUGUCAAGUUUGACAUUAAACUUAUACCCAAAUGUUGAUGUAUAUCAACCUAGUAUCCAUACGAGCAUUGUGGAAAAGCAAGAAUAUGCAUGUGGUUUCAAUAUUGUGAAAAGUGGGCUAAAAUUUGCAAUUGAAAAUAGUUUAGUUGACAAAUUUGUAGGAUUGAUAUCAGGAUUUAUUGAAAACCACACUGAAAAUCAGCGAAUACAAGUUAAUACUUCUCAAAUAGAAAAUCAGCGAAUGCAAGUUAAUAUUUCCCAAAUAGAAAAUCAGCGAAUGCAAGUUGAUAUUUCUCAAAUAGAAAAUCUAAAAAAAGCAAAACACAAAGGACGUCCAAAGGGAUCAAGUUUUACACAAGAAUCUUCAAGAUUUAGACGUAGGGACUUCAAGAUCCACUAA